AUUCAUUUCGAAAAUUUAACAACUCAACUUCACUGCACAUUAUCUGAAAAUUGUAAACACUUAUGGCGUCUGCCAAUGUUUUGGUUGAAAAUAAAACUAAUGAAAGUCCUAAUGAUACCAAGAUAUGCUGCGAAGAUGAGCACGAAUUACCAAAGAAUUUUGAACCUGGAGCUUCCAGAACCUCUGUUCUUUUAUCUACUAAAUCUCUUGAGGAAGAAAGUGUUUCAAAUGAGGAGUUUCAGGUCUUGCAACGGAAAAGUAGUUGCAUAAGUGAAAUAGAGAAAAGUGUUGCGGGUAUUUCGCUUGAAGAUAAUCUUAAUGACGAAAGUCAAACUGAUGGCAGUCUAAAAACUAAAACCAGUGUGGAAACAAAAAGUGAUACAACUUCUAUACAUAGUGAGCUUCUAACGGAUGAAUUAGCAGGAGAUUGUGAUGAGUUGAAUGAUCCUGUAUGGAAAUACCAGAAAAACCAUAUUUUUAUUUUAAGUGAAGCAGGGAAACCAAUAUAUUCUAGGCAUGGAAGUGAAGAUCAUCUUGUAACAUUGAUGGGAGUGAUGCAAGCUUUGGUAUCUUUUGUUCAACAUAAUGGAGAUAUGAUUAGAUCUAUUCACGCAGGUGAUCGUAAGUUUGUUUUCCUCCAUCGAAUUCCAUUGAUUCUGGUAGCUGUGACAAGUUCAAAAGCUUCUGUUCCGCAACUUCUUGGCCAUCUGACUUAUGUAUAUAAUCAAAUUGUGUCUGUCUUUACCAUGUCUAACCUCAACAAAAUAUUUGAAAAGAGAAGUAAUUUUGAUUUGAGAAGACUUUUAGGUGGUGCAGAGAAGUUUUUGGACAGUCUAACUGAAGUGUUAGAUACAGAUCCUUGUUUCUUGUUAAGUGCUGUUAAAUGCUUGUCUCUGGACAAUUCCAUUCGAGAAAUCAUUGGGCAAACUUUAGCUCAAUACUGUGGAAAGAUAAAGAAUAUUGUUUUUGCUAUAUUAUUGGUGGAUAAUCAACUAGUGACAUUAGUGAGAAUGAAAAAGUAUUAUCUUCAUCCAGCUGAUUUGCACAUAGUAAUGAAUUUGAUAAGCAGUUCAGAAAGUUUUAAAUCUGUUGAAACAUGGCUACCUAUCUGUCUUCCAAAGUUUGAUUCCAGUGGUUUUUUACAUGCUCAUAUCUCAUAUGUUGAUGACGAUUGUAAAACUUGUUUAUUGUUAUUGUCUGUGGAUAAGGAUCAAUUCUUCGAGUUGAAAGAAUGCAGAAAUAAAAUUGUUGAGAGACUAAAGAAAUAUUUUUGCAUGGAAGCUAUUGAGAAAUCAGUGUACAGCAAAGGGUAUUCAGUGUCUCAAGUUGGAAUCACAGAAGUGAGACAUUUCUUGUACAAAUCUCGCUCGACUGCUCAAUAUACUGCUCCAAGACUGGAGGCUCCUUACGUGACAGAUGAUGACUGGAACCAUCUGUUUGGACUGUACCAGUAUUUGCAUCAUAGAAUGUAUAAAAGUUCAAGACCCCUCAAAAUGUUGUAUUACAGUGGCGAACGAGAAACAAUGGUGGGAUGGCAUAUGCAAGGAUUUGAACUAUAUGCUGCCUUUGAACCUUUGGUCACAAAAAUGGAUGCAACCAAUGCUAUGAAGAAGAUUGUUCAAUGGAUUAAAAAGGAAGAAGAUAAUUUAUUUAUAAUGAAUGCACCAACAAUAUAAUGUAAACACAAUAAAAAUAGGAGCAAUUUUUA